AUGUUAGAUCUUGGAGCCUCGAUCAAUGUGAUGCCAUAUUCGGUUUUUCAAUCUCUUAAUGUUGGAACUUUGGAAGAGACCGGAGUAAUCAUUCAGUUAGCAGACAAGUCAAGUGUGUCUCCACGAGGAGUGUUGGAGGAUGUGUUAGUACAAGUUAAUCAACUUGUUUUUCCGGCGGAUUUUUAUGUCAUUGAUCUUGAAGAGAAGACUCCUUCCAAAUCAUCUAUGAUCCUGCUUGGAAGACCUUUCAUGCAUACCACUCACAUAAUUAUUGAUGUCCAUAAAGGAAAGAUAACUACGGAGUUUGAUGGAGAAACCAUUCACUUCAACAUCUUUGAAGCAAUGAGGUACCCUAGCAACAUUUCUCCUUUGUAUCGGGUUGAUGUGAUUGAGCCAAAAAACGAGAUAAGCCCUAAUGUAUGCACAAAAAAGAUACUCAUGAAAGAUGAUUGUAAGCCUAAGAGGGAAGCUCAAAGAAGAUUGAAUCAUCCAAUGAUGGAUCAAGAAAAAGAUAAUUAA